AAGUUAAUACAGAUGUAUGUCAUAUGAUAUAAAAAUUUAAAUCAAAACAAAAAGAAAUAAAAUACAAAACUAAAAACUUGAGCUUAUAUUAUUAUAAGUGCGCGAAAAAUUUGACAAACUAAAACUGUGUGAGAAAAUUGAAAAAGGCGCGUGCGUGUGUAGGAUAAAAAAUUAAUACAUAUAAAAUAUGUCAAAAACUACGCUUUAGAAGAAAGUGAAAAUCAAAACAUAAACUCAAUAUAGAGAAAGGAUAGAAAAAUUAGAUAUCUAAUUAUUAAUAUAAAAAUAUUUUUUCAUAUUUUUGUAUAUUUUCAAAAAUCGAAGUAUUCUGCGUUGUUUGUGGACAUUACAUUUUGUUAAAGUAGUAAACUUUAAAAUGGCUAGCACAAGUACGAACAACAAUUCCAGUGCGGGUCCUAGCAAUCCUACCAGUGGAAGUAAUACCAACAAUAAUUCACUGGGUGGAGGCGAUUCCAGAUGGUACUUUACUGCUGAACAAUUAACAAAUUCACCAAGUAGAAGGCAAGGUAUCGACGCUGAUGAAGAGUUAUCAUAUCGUCAAAUGACAGCGUAUUUAAUUCAAGAAAUGGGCCAAAGAUUGCAAGUAUCUCAACUAUGUAUAAACACAGCAAUUGUAUAUAUGCAUCGAUUUUACGCAUUCCAUUCAUUCACCCACUUCCAUCGGAAUGGGAUUGCAGCAGCAAGUUUAUUUUUAGCAGCAAAAGUAGAAGAACAACCUCGAAAAUUAGAACAUGUUAUAAAAGCAGCACAUUUAUGUUUGAAUCAAGAACCUCCCGCUAGUAACUCAGAAGUUUAUGCUGAACAAGCCCAAGAUUUAGUAUUUAACGAAAAUGUUUUAUUACAAACUUUAGGAUUUGAUGUAGCUAUUGAUCAUCCUCAUACUCAUGUUGUUAAAACGUGUCAUUUAGUAAAAGCUUGCAAAGAUCUGGCCCAAACAUCGUAUUUUUUAGCUUCAAAUAGUUUGCAUUUAACCUCAAUGUGUCUCCAGUAUCGACCUACAGUUGUAGCUUGUUUUUGUAUUUAUUUGGCUUGCAAGUGGUCAAGAUGGGAGAUACCCCAGUCUACAGAAGGAAAACAUUGGUUUCACUAUGUAGACAAAAGUGUAACAAUGGAACUGUUGCAACAGUUAACUAAUGAAUUCAUAGCUAUAUAUGAGAAAAGUCCAGCUAGGUUAAAAUCUAAAUUAAAUUCGGUGAAAGCUAUUGCACAGGGUGCAAGAAUUCCUGAACCUCCACGAAACGCGUCUGAUUCAUCAAAUGGUUCCAGUUCAUCUCAACAACUUAAUCAAGUUCCUCCUACAGUAAUACAACAACAGUCGCAACCUUCAUCAUCAUCAUCAUCUUCCUCCUCUUCUGUAUCUUCUCGAAGACCAGAAACUGCGUCUGCAUCUCAUUCUAGUCACCACAGGUCUCACCAUGCUGGAGUGCAACAUCCUCAUCACCAUCAUCAUCACCACCAUCAUUCCAAACAUGCUAAUGCAGCAGACGUAAUAGAUCAUAAACAACCAAACAAACCUUAUCCAAACAAUACCGCAAAUCAUUCAAAUCGUCCAAGAGCAGAACGAGCACAUCAGCAAGGUCAUAUAGUUCCAACGUGCAUCAACAAUGAUCCCAAUAGCCAAUAUCAAACCAAUAAACAAAUGACACAAUCCAAAAGCAGCGGUAGUAACUCAAGCAGUUCUGCCAGAUCUGGAAUGUCGCAAAUAUCUACGAUUCCACCUAUCUUACAACCCCAGCAAUCGAUGACCUUAGGAUCGUCUGGCCGUCAAAAUUUGUCAUCGCAAAUGCAUGAUAUGAAUUAUCAUAAAAGUCGUGUUAACCCAAACUCUGUGAAUUUACCGAAUCAAAUGAACUCACAAAUGACAUCUAAUCACAAGAUUGUAUCUUCUAAAAAUCCAAUAGACCCCAAUAGAAAUAUGCUAAAGGAUCCAAGCAGCGGACGGGAUUCUAAAAUACCUGUUAAACAUAAUUCUCUUAGCAGCAAUAGCAGCAAUGUUUAUUCUCAACAACAACCUUCAGUUGGGCUCGAUAUGACAAGAAACGUUUUGCAACAGCAACAGCAAAAUCAAGCAAAAGGUUAUGUUCAAAGUCAGAUGGCAAGCGGCUUGCCUCCGCCAUCUAAUUAUCAGCAACAAUCUAACAAUAGAGCUAAUAACAACAGUAAUACUAAUAGCAACGUGAACAGUAAUCUUAAUAGUGGAAAUAAAUUCGAUCAGUCCGUCCAGCAACAGUCGCUAUUGUCACAACACCAACAAAAGCAAUCUAUAGAGUCUUCCUCAUUUUCUCAUUCAUCUAAUAUUAGCUCUUCUACUGCAUCUUUUACCCAAAAUAACUCCCAAAUAAGCAACGAUCAUAUGGAUAUUUGUUCGCCUCCAAGGUAUUCAACUAGUCAAAAUCAAGUGCAGCAACCUCCCAUACCAACACAAUCACAUAAACCAUUUCUGUCUAUAUUUAGCCCAGAUUAUAAUGAGAAGCAGCAACAACUUUCACAACAGUUAUCCCAACAAGUUAAUAAUGUUAAUAGUAGCAGUAAUAAACAAAUAUUUAGCAAUAAAAUAAAUCGGGAUAGCCCUAAGAAAGAAAAAAGAUCGAAUACGCCGAAAAAGGAAAAAAGACUUGAAGCACAUCAUAUGCAAUCGGAACAAAAAACGAUAGAUAAGCGACUUAUUAAAAAUGAUAUGUUAUCAUCAAAUUCAUCUACAAUUGCACCGAUAAACUUAAAUUAUGGGCCACCGAAUAACCAAUCACAGACAUCACAGCUAUCCGAUUUUAAUUAUAAUGCUCCUAAAAGACCAAACUCUGUUAAAAUUGAGGAAGAUACUGGACGAGAAACAAAAAUAAGGAAAGUUGAUCAUCCGACUGUGGAAGUAAGACCGGCGUCAUUUUUAUUUGAUCAAACGUCAAAUCAAACAGGAAAUAACUUGUUGUCCAAUUCCUCGAAUAGCAUUAAUAUUCAAGAAGCAACUAAAACUAAAUUAUAUCCGUCCACAAUUAAUGGAAUAGAAACUAAUCCAGAUUUAGUCAGCAGUCUACUUAAAGAAAGCUUGUGCAAUGAAAAUAAAUAUGCUUCGCAACCUUCUCUUAUAAAGACAGAAAGACCUGAAUCACCAAUUGCAACAACUCCUAGUGUUAUAACCACAAAUACUUUCAUAAAAACGGAACCAACUUUAUCACCCAUUCAAAGUGGGUAUAAUAUCAAUCCAAUGGAAUCUUUACCACAAGAAUUACUUCAAAACACAUCAACGUUUAAUGCGCCAUUUGUUAGUAUUAAACAAGAACCAAAUCAAUUUCCGGUUAGUACGCCUGUUGUAAAUAAUGUUGCAUUAGUUAAUCAACCAUUUACGACAAUACCACAACCUCCACACUUACAUCAGCAACAAGUAACACUACAACCACAGAUACAACAACAGCAACCACCACCUCAACAGCAACAACAAAUAUCACUGCCUCAAUCACAGCAGCAUGUUCAACCCCAAUCGCAAUCACAACCUCAUCCAUCUGAUGAAUAUUCAAAAUGCAAAUCAGAAAAGAAAAAGAAGAAAGAUAAACAUAAACACAAAGAAAAAGAUAAAUCUAAAGAUAAAGAAGAACGCAAAAAACACAAAAAAGAUAAAGAUAAGCAUAAAGAUAAGGAAAAGGAUCGUGAAAAAACUUUAAAUAUUAAUGAGCCCUCUGAACCAGUUAAAUUAAAAAUUCCCAAAGACAAAUUAAAUUUACCGCCUAUAGAAGCUAUUAACGUUAGUCCAGGACAAUUGAAAAUAAAAAUUCCAAAAGACAGAAUUAAAACAGAAAUCAAUUCAAAUAAUGAUUUAGAUGGCCAAAUCGGUGCUACAAAUCAAUCAAUGCCACAAAUGCCAUUAAAAAUUAAAAUAUCUAAAGAUAAAAUUGGUUCAUUCGGUCAUGAUAGCAUUAGUGUAACGACAAGUCAACAUUCAUCUUUAACCGGUCAUAGUAGUUCAAACUGUGGUGGUAACUUAGGUUCAAAUAAUUUAUCAAUAUCUAGUAAUAUCACUGGAUCAAGUAGCAGUAGUAGUAAGAAGAAAGAUCGUGAUAAAGAUAAAGACAAAGAAAGGAAAAGAAAUAGUGAUCUAAAUAAACAUAGUAGUAAUGGAGGUAGUGGUAAUGGUGGUAGUGGAAUGUCUACAUCAACCGCGCCAUCAAAAUCUACUUCUAGCAAGAUGCAAAAAUACAUGCAACUUUUUGGGGAUUCGAAUGAUGAAGACAGUGACGAUAAUAGUAGUGACAGUGAUUCUACAUCUCAACAUCAACAACGUUAUCAGCAACAACAACCAAUUCAAAAUAAAGGAAACUAUUCACAUAAUCAAAAUUUGUACAGUGGAAUUAAUAAUAGUAAUAGUAAUAAUACCUCUAUUACUAUUAAUAAUAGUAGUAACAGUGUUGGGUAUCAGUAUAACGAUAAUAAGAAAUAUAGUAGUAAUAGCUAUAAUAAUAAUAACCAACAGCACCAAUACCAACAAAAUUACAAGUGAAAUUUGUGAACAUUAAAAAUAAAAACAAAUAACUAUUUAGCUAAUUAUCAAAAUUGUUCUGGAAAAUAUUAAUUAGUUUUUGUAAUCGGCAAUAAUUAUUACAUUAAAAAAAUUCACCAUAAUUUAAGUUGUUUUCUAUAAUACUAAUACUUUUUUCAAUCGUACACUAAUUAAUCAAAUAUUUACCUAUGUGUGCCAAAUAAAAUGGCCUAAAAAAAUUUAAAUUUGUUAAAGAAAAAUAAAAUCAGUUUUUAAAUAGCACUAAUUAUUCAAUUAUUCGUAAUAAAUUCUCGAAAUAAAUUUUAUGUUUUUAUUCUUAACAAAAAAUAUUUUACUUUACAAAAUCUAAUAAUAAUUUG